GACUCGGCGCAGGAAAGUGUCAUCACUCGCGAUAUCCACCGAACGUUUCCUGCACACGACUACUUCAAGGACUCGGAUGGAGAUGGUCAAGAUUCCCUGUACAAGAUUUGCAAGGCCUACUCGGUCUAUGAUGAGGAAAUUGGUUAUUGUCAGGGUCAGUCAUUUCUUGCUGCUGUUCUCCUUCUACAUAUGCCUGAGGAGCAGGCCUUCUGUGUGUUGGUGAAAAUCAUGUACAAAUAUGGCCUCAAGGCUCUCUACAAGAAUAACUUUGAAGACCUGCACUGCAAGUUUUACCAGCUGGAAAGGCUAAUGCAGGAACAGCUUCCAGACCUGUGGGCCCACUUCCAAGAGCUGAACCUGGAGGCACAUAUGUAUGCGUCCCAGUGGUUUCUCACCCUGUUCACAGCAAAGUUCCCGCUCUGCAUGGUUUUCCACAUCACUGACCUGCUGCUCUGUGAGGGACUGAACAUCAUCUUCAAUGUAGCCCUGGCUCUGCUCAAGCUCCUGUGCGAGUUUACUGAGCUUCCCGAACGUCGGUCUGCCGUGACUGACCAGUCGAUCACAGUGGUCGCCUGGACUCCUUUUGGCCCGACGCUGAAAAACGACUCGCCCCAGCUGAGCCCGUACCACUCCCCGCUGCCGUUCUCUGACACCCGCUGUGACACUCCCGCGGCACGCUGGACCUCUCCUCCCCCUAUACCGGCCCACACCCAACACCUGUCCCUUCCAGCGGUGUGCAGGGCGGUAGAGGAUGGAGAGGGGAAGGCGGAAGAGAGCGCCCACAGCGGCCAAGCCUCAGCAGACUCGUUCUGCAGGGUAAUGGAUCUCCUUGGGAUGGGACACCGUCUCUUCGUCCCCAGGCUGCUGGCGACAUCCAAAGAGGACCUCUUGCAGGCAGACUUUGAGGGGGCUCUGAAGUUCUUUAGAGUCCAGCUCCCCAAACGAUACAGAGCUGCAGAGAAUGCACGAAGGCUUAUGGAGCAGGCCUGCAACAUCAAGCAAGCGGGAGUCAAGAUGAUGCAGGAGGUGUCCAUCAUGGUGGCAUAUGACGCCCAUGUAGUCGACCGCCCUGGGGAGGAGGACACUUUGGCCCGCUUGGUCGCUAUUUCAAGACCACUCCGCGCUCCCAGACCGGUGGUCCCAACCAAAAAGCUGAAGAAGUUUGAGAGGGAAUAUCAGACACUGAGAGAGAGCCAGCUUCAACAGGAAGACCCCAUUGAUCGAUACCAGAGGGAAAACCGCCGUCUUCAGGAGGCCAGUAUGAGACUGGAGCAGGAGAAUGAUGACUUGGCACAUGAACUGGUCACCAGUAAGAUUGCCCUCCGAAACGAUCUUGACCAGGCUGAAGAUAAGGCAGACGUUUUGAACAAAGAGCUGCUGAGCACCAAGCAACGUCUGGUGGAGACUGAAGAGGAGAAGAGACGACAGGAAGAGGAGACGGCUCAGCUGAAGGAAGUUUUCAGGAGGGAACUGGAAAAAGCAGAGUUGGAGAUAAAGAAAACCACAGCAAUCAUAGCUGAAUAUAAGCAGAUCUGCUCGCAGCUGAGCACCAGGCUGGAAAAACAGCAAGCAGCUACAAAAGAAGAGCUAGACAUCGUCAGGAAUAAGGUCAUGGGCUGUGAUCACUGCAAGGACCUGUUCGGCCCUCUGGGGUCCCUCCAGGCCUCCUCCCCGGGCAGUGACAGGACAUCGAAUGAACCACUGGAUGAGGAGAAGGACGGGCUGAAGGAGCAGCUUCGACAGCUGGAGCUGGAGCUGGCACAGACCAAACUGCAGCUGGUGGAGGCCAAGUGUCGCAUUCAGGAGCUCGAGCAUCAGCGGGGAGUCCUGAUGACCGAAGUCCAAGCCGCCAAGAACUCUUGGUUCAGCAAAACCCUGGGCUCUCUGAAAAGUUCUGCCUCCUCUUCCUCCAGCUCUGCAUCACAGACCCCUUCCUCUCCGAAGGAUGGGCCUGCCUAG